AUGCAUGAAAUAACAAAAUACAUGGGUAAUCGUACGUCUCGUAAUACUGUACCAAAAGAACAACAUGAUUCAUACGAUACAGCAAUACGCUCAUCAAAUAAAAAUUCUGAUCGACAAUAUUUUAAUACAUACCAUACGGAUACGCAUUAUAAUAUAAUUGAUAAUGUUUUAAAUCAUCAUUUAAUUAUUAUGAAUUCAAAUGUCAAUAUACAACAAUCAGCUAUGAAUAUUCAUCAAGAUUCUUUAAAACUAGCAAUGAAAAAUCAUAUAAAUGCUAUAGCUUUAAAUACAUCGAAUUAUCAACAAUAUCACAAAAUGAUAUAUACAUUGUAA